AUGGAUUUCAAAAAACUGGCUUCAGAAGCUGGAACGCUCUUCAAUAGGGCAAAACAGUUCACGGAGGAGAUAUUAGGCCAGGCCGAGAAGACCGAACUUGACCCCCAAUUGGACGCCCUCCUGGCCAAGGCCGACAAGACGAAACAAUGGACCGAGAAAAUUCUCAGACAGACCGAGUCAGUCCUUCAGCCGAACCCCAAUGUAAGGUUGGAAGAGUUUUUGUACGAGAAGGUGCAAGGUAGGAAGCCAACCAGAUUAGUGGAGAAUGAUGUAUUGGGCCAGUCUAUGAUUGAUGCCGGCAAUGAAUUUGGAUCUGGAACUGCUUACGGCAGCACGUUGAUAAGGUGCGGACAGACCCAGCAGAAACUCGGCCAGGCACAGCGAGACUUCAUCCAAUCAACUGCCAACAACUUUCUGCACCCAUUCAACUCCUUCCUAGAAGGCGAUAUGAAAACCAUUCAAAAAGAACGAAAGAUAUUAGACAUGAAACGUCUUGAUUUAGACGCCGCCAAAACUAAACUUAAAAAAGUUAAAUCAAUGCCCUCGAAGGAUACGGCUGAGAUAGAGCUAAGAAUGGCCCAAUCAGAAUUCGACAAACAGUCCGAAGUUACCAAACUUCUGCUUGAAGGACUCAAUAGUGCACAUGCGCAUCAUUUGCGAUGCCUGCACGAUUUCAUUGAAUCGGAGAUGACCUACUAUGCUCAGUGCAAUCUUUAUAUGGGCGAUCUCCAAAGACAACUUGGAAGGUUGGCUGAUUGA